AUGAGAACUUCUAUUCAAAAGAAACAAAUAGUCAAAUCGUCAGGCAACGAAAUUUCCCGCCCGAGAAAGUAUUCUAAAGCGUUUAUCGAAAUCAACGACGAAAUCAAAUUGACAAAAACAGAAGAAGACUUCGGAAAUCCAUUUUGUGAGAAAAUUUUAGAUGCUGAAACUUGUUUUCUAUCCCAAGAAUCAAAAUCAAAAUGGACUUUGACCGUAAAACACGCUGAAAAAACCUACAAACUGAAGCCAUCAAAAGAAACCGAUCCGGUUCUGGUCGAUCGAAUUCUCGAAAUUCUUCAAGCAAAGAAGAUUGAGUUCCUGAAAAAGAGCGCGGAAGAAGCUGAGAGUCUAAUCAAAUCACAAGUCAAAAAUCAGCUCCAAAAACGCCAACACGAAUUGGAAGUGCUCGUCCCAAUCGCCGAAAAUUUGGAACGAGACUCUGAGAAAUUCGAGAAAACGACCAAAAUCGUGAAACAGAAGAAAAAGCACCCAUUUUUAUUCAAAAUAAAAAGGGCUUUGCUUUGCGGUUACCCAAAGGAAGGAUUCGGCAGAAGAGCGGAAAAUAAUGAGGAAGAAGACAUUGAUAAGGCUUUCGAAAGCUUUAGGCGAAAAACGAUCGCGACUGCUGCUAGUUUUGCUUCACCAAUAAAAUAA